CUAUAGCAUUGUCCGCUUCGCUAGUUGUGGUGCUGAGCGUGCAAUUGUGCUGGAGGACUCGGAAGUUGAAAGUGAACAGACCGUGAUAGCUUCAUCACAAUAAUAUCGACUCUAGGCUCAACACACCAUCAGUGGCUGGUACUGAGUACUCUCAAUUCGAAAAACCUCAAAAGAUCCCGACUUACCCAACCUUCAAACCUUCCACUCACACCAUGUCGACCAGACGGACUACCCGUGCUACUAGCAAAGCUAGCAGCCGUGCCGUCUCCCCAGCUCCUUCUACAGCCACUCCCCGUCGUACGCGACGUGCUGGCAAUGAAGCACUCCCUGCCGUCGGACUUAGACAAAGUACCGCAUAUGGCCAUAAUACAACUGCUAAGCCGUCCAGAGUCUCUGGUCCGGUAGUCUCAGAUCAGAUCAAUACUGUUCUGAAUGCAAUCAUCAACACCCCUCACCCCAACACAACCACCAGACCCGCUUCUCCAACUCCUGUCACAGAUAAGAGCUUUGGAAUUGAGAGUGGAUUAUUCUAUGGCGCUCAUGUUGAAUCAUCUCCUGCGAGCAUCCCAACCCCGACUCGAAAGUCUCCAGAACCACCUACUACUGUUAGUGGUGUUCCUAGCAAGCACGCAGCUGAGAUUAAAGCAAUCGAAGACCUUGCUCGUACUCGCCUUGAUAAAGCAAGCAAUGUUGGACCUACACGAAAGUUCUUCAAGAACACUACUGGCUCAAUUUGGUCAUUCUUCACUCAUUUUCUUGCUCUUCUCUGGUCCUCGAUCACAGCUCUUCUCUCUCCCGGUAUCCUGAAGUAUUGCGCAAUAUGUGUUAUUGCCUUCGCCGCUUACCAUUUCUAUUCUUCCGGCCGGCUACCUGAGAUUGGACCAGUCAUCAGCCGAGUCUUUCCAUUCAACCCCAGAAACCCCUUUGAGCCUGAUGAUCUUCGAGUUGUCAAUAAGAGAAUCAGCGAUCUGGAGUAUGAUGUUGCGCGACUCAAAUCUUCCUCUGAUCUCGAUUCCCGAGCGUUAACUCGACUUGACGAACUGCUUCCUGAUCUUCUUGUCGUCAAGAAGGACAAGUACCAAAAUAUGAUCAUCCCCGACGACUUCUGGUAUGCCUUGCAGGAGAAGAUUCGCUCUGAUGAUACACUGGUUUCGGAUCGACUUGAAACACCUGGCAAUAUUGGCAGCACUAUCUCUAACAAGGAAUUUACUAAGGAAGUUGAGAAAGUCGCCAAAGCUUCAUGGGAUCGCUACAUCAAACAAAACGCGAACUAUGUUAAAGGCAUCGUUGGAGACGAGAUCACUGACAAAUUCCCCCGCCUGGCACAAGAACACCAACUUGCCACCAAGGAGGAGGUCAUUGAACUACUUCGACGUAGCUGGGAUGAGAAUAGCUCCAAUCUUCAAACGGAACUUGCACAGCUUUCUAAGAAGAUCGCACAUGCCACUCGCUCUAUUACCAAGUUACAAAACAACCCCGGUAGCUUGACGAAGGAAGAAGUCCAGAGCAUCAUUGCAGAUACUUUGAAGAAGCUCAUUCCAAAUGGACAGCUUGGAUCUCUGGCAGAUGCCAACAUUCGCAAUGCUCUCGAGGAGAGUCUUGCUCGACCAAAUUUCUUCUCAAAGGCUACCGGCGCAGUUGUUGAUCCAGUUCUUACAUCUUCAACCUACGUUUUCCCUGGAAGUGAUGUUUGGUUCCCAUCAAGAUGGAUGCGAGCUAUCAUCGGCAAUCCAAUCACUCCUCCCAAUCCUCCCGAGGCAGCCUUGACUCGAUGGGAAGAAUUUGGAGACUGUUGGUGCUCAUCUUCGGUUGACGCCGAAGGCUACGGUCCUAGCAUUGGUGUCAUCACAGGAAGCAGUAUCUACCCUGAACAGGUUGUCGUUGAACAUAUCCCUGCCAAGUCCACGCUGGAGCCAGGUGCUACACCGAAGGACAUGGAACUACUAGCCUACAUCCCUGAUCUCGAUACCUACAACGCUGCCAAGACCCUUUCCGAGGAGUUCUUCGCUGAUGAUAUACCAGAGACCCAGGCUCCUUACAGAUUUGUUCACAUCGCUUCGUGGACAUACGAAAAGGAUGCGGAAAGCGUUCAAGCAUUUCAAAUACAAGUUGACAUGACAUCCAUUGGCGCAGAGGUCAACAAAUUCAUCGUUCGUGCGAAGAACAAUUGGGGCGGAGAGAAGGUACCAUACACUUGCUUGUAUAGAAUUCGUGUCCAUGGUGAGACGAUUCCUAACUCUGGGGAUGUUUGAGCAUUGGGUUCUGGAUUCCAAUUUGCAUUGGGGGUUUUAUAAGGCGUUUGUAAUAGUGUUUUCACGGAUCCCAGGGAGGGGAGUAAAUGGCGUUAUCGGACUUCGAUACCCACUUCAUGUACUUAAGGAAAUGCAUCUUCUGAGCUUG